AUGGACACAUCAAUACUUCUUGUUACAGCACGUUGCCGGCGUUUGGGAGUUUGCUUCGCUGUUCGGUCUUCUUUGAUGGCUCCAAAGCUGUCUUUCAAGCGGGUGGCGUCAACAGAUCGUGACAUCUCGCCGCCUCCAUCAAAGAGGAAGCUGCCAGCGACCACAACCAACAGCGCUGUCGCGAACUUCUUCAAGCCCGCAUCGGAGAAGACACCCGAGAAGAUCACCUUUCACGUUCUCCACGAUACCUUGCUCGUCGGACGUUACGAGAAUGCAAGCACCACACCUCGACCCAAACCGGUGAAGGUCGCGGCCUUCGAUUUUGACGACACAUUGAUCAAGACCAAAUCGGGAAAUGUUUUCGCUAAAGGUGCAGAUGACUGGCAGUGGUGGCACUCGAGCAUACCUGCCAAGCUGAAGCAGCUCAAUGCGGACGGAUAUGCUGUGGUUGUGGUGAGCAACCAAAGUGGCAUCAGCUUGAAGUCCGAUAAGUUGAGCGAGAAGAAGAGUCUUAGCAAUUUCAAAGGCAAGGUCAGAGCAGUAUUCAACAUUCUGCAGCUACCAAUCACAGUCUAUGCAGCGACCGAAAAGGACCUCUUCCGAAAGCCCAGGAGUGGCAUGUGGGAACAAAUGCUGAAGGACUACGGCCUCAACGACCCAGCAGACAUCGAGCGUGACAGCUGUAUCUUCGUUGGAGACGCAGCAGGUCGUGAAGGUGACAAAGCUGCAAAAGUGCGCAAGGAUCACUCGUGUUCGGAUCGUGACUUGGCCGCCAACGUUGGCAUACCUUUCCAGACUCCGGAAGAGUACUGGCUAGGCGAAGACCCAAAGCCCUAUGUCCGAUCAUUCGACCCGAAACCAUACGUUGAAGCAAAGUUGGACACCCACACAGACGUCGACCCGAUCGUCUUCACCAAGAAGCAUGACGUGGAGCUCGUAAUAUUCUGUGGCAGUCCCGGUGCUGGCAAAUCGAGCUUUUUCUGGCGACAUAUGGAACCAUUAGGCUACAAGCGUGUGAACCAGGAUAUCCUCAAGACUAGAGAAAAGUGCAUGAAGGUUGCCACACAGUUGAUCGAGGACAAAAAAGCGGUGGCGGUGGACAACACCAACGCAGAUGUUGAAACGCGGUCAGCGUGGGUGGGACUGGCGGCGAAGCUCAAAGUGCCGAUUCGACUGGUACACUUCACGGCCAAUGUCAAGCUAUGUGAGCACAAUGACACGGUGCGAGCAUUGUCUGAUGGAUUGAUGAAUCCCGAAAAGAGGGUCAUGCUGCCGAGAAUGGCGUUCACCGGAUUCGCGUCCAGAUAUCGUGAACCGAAACUUGAGGAAGGCUUUCAGGACAUUACGAAAGUUGACUUCGUUUUUAGAGGUACAGAUGAGGAGAAGGCGCUGUGGUCGAAGUACUGGAUCAAUUGA